UUUAGUCUCAUUAGAUGGAUAUUUAAAAACAAAACUUAUCCCAAGUACAAAAUAAACAGGAAUCCAAAUUAAACUAAAUAGAUUAUAUCUUUCCUUGUUUUUUUAUUUGAUUAUUGUAUUCAAAAGACAUUUCCCACACCACUUAAUAGAGCCCCACCUAUCGGCCUAACAGUUAGCCCUCGGUCCUCCUCCUCCGCCCGCCGGCACCGCCACCCCUCCGCCACCGUAACACUUUCCCUCCUCUAGGGUUUCAUAUUGAUCCUCGAUUUAGGGUUUUUUUUGGGGUGGCUGAAAUGGAGAAUUACAACAACCAUCUAGGAGAUCACGAGGAGGCCGCCGCCGCCGCCGUCCACAGAAGCGGCGGCACCAACAGCUUCCUCUACUGCGGCUCCGUUCUCGCUCCUCCCAGCUACGGCAGAACCGCCGCCGCCGACUUCCACCCGCAACCCUACCACGGCCCCGCCGUGAAGACGGAAGGCGGGAGCAGCGCGGUAAAGGCGAAGAUCAUUUCCCACCCCCACUACUCCAACCUCCUGGAAGCUUACAUGGAGUGCCAAAAAGUCGGCGCUCCGCCGGAUGUGGCGGCGCGUCUCUCCGCCGCCCGGCAAGACUUCGAGUCCCGCCAACGCGCCACCUUACUCGGCGGCGGGCAUGAAAAAGACCCGGAACUCGACCGGUUCAUGGAAGCGUACUAUGAUAUGUUGGUGAAGUACAGGGAAGAGCUGACGAGGCCAUUACAAGAAGCAAUGGAAUUCAUGCGACGGAUCGAAUCGCAGCUAAAUAUGCUAAGCAACGCUCCAGUUCGGGUCUUCAAUCAUUCUGAUGAGAAAUGUGAGGGUGUCGGCUCAUCCGAAGAGGACCAAGACAACAACAGCCCGGGCGAGACCGAGCUGCCCGAAAUCGAUCCUCGGGCGGAGGACCGCGAGCUGAAGAACCACUUGUUGAGGAAGUACAGCGGCUAUCUGAGCAGUCUGAAGCAAGAACUCUCCAAGAAGAAGAAGAAAGGGAAACUCCCCAAAGAAGCGCGCCAAAAGUUGCUCAGUUGGUGGGAGUUGCACUACAAAUGGCCCUAUCCUUCAGAAACGGAGAAGGUGGCGUUGGCCGAGUCAACGGGUUUGGAUCAAAAGCAGAUAAACAAUUGGUUCAUCAACCAAAGGAAGCGACAUUGGAAGCCGUCAGAAGACAUGCAGUUCAUGGUGAUGGAUGGUCUUCACCCACAGGGCGCGGCCCUCUAUAUGGACACACACUACAUGGGUGAAGGCCCGUAUCAUCGACUCGGUCCAUGACAUAAAGAAAUGUCGUGCCGUUGGGCUAAUUAAGAGGGAGGCUUAUCGAAGCAUCAACGUUCAGUUUUACCCAAAGCAGUGGAGGUUUUGUCCAUGAGCGGCGCGGACCAAGAGAUGGGUCUGGGUUGACCGUUUGUUGCAUUUUGCCAUUUGGAGAAGCGAUACCAAGCCACGAGGAUGUGGGCGAUGGAGACUGAUGACGCCAUAAAAUAUCAUUCCGAGCUUUCCAGAUUGUGCCAAGGAUGAAGAAGACUAGAGAAGUGUCACUGAUAUUCGUAAUUUGUACCAUUGAGCAUACGAGUUUUAUUGAUAUGUAUACACACACACACACAUAAAUAUAAAACAGCUAUAUUUUGCUCUUAUACGAAUUGUAGACUAUUUUUUGGAUUGUCGAGAAAUAAAUGUUCACUAACCAU